GCGGGUGCGCCGGCGGCUUCCGGUGUGGGUGACGAGUGGUGGCCGAAGCAGGGGGACAUCAAGGGACGCUCUGGCAGGGACCAUGGCGGACGGCGGCUCGGAGCGGGCCGAUGGGCGCAUCGUCAAGAUGGAGGUGGACUACAGCGCCACGGUGGAUCAGCGACUGCCCGAGUGCGAGAAACUGGCCAAGGAAGGAAGACUUCAAGAAGUCAUUGAAACCCUUCUCUCUUUGGAAAAACAGACCCGAACUGCUUCUGAUAUGGUGUCCACAUCCCGUAUCUUGGUCGCAAUAGUGAAGAUGUGCUAUGAGGCUAAAGAAUGGGAUUUACUUAAUGAAAAUAUUAUGCUUUUGUCAAAAAGACGGAGUCAGUUAAAACAAGCUGUUGCAAAAAUGGUUCAACAGUGCUGUACUUACGUUGAAGAAAUCACAGACCUUCCCAUCAAACUUCGAUUAAUUGAUACUCUACGAAUGGUUACAGAAGGAAAGAUUUAUGUUGAAAUUGAGCGUGCUCGGCUUACAAAAACAUUAGCCACAAUAAAAGAGCAAAAUGGUGAUGUCAAAGAGGCAGCCUCCAUUUUACAAGAGUUACAGGUGGAAACCUAUGGGUCAAUGGAAAAGAAAGAGCGAGUGGAGUUUAUUUUGGAGCAAAUGCGGCUCUGCCUAGCAGUGAAGGAUUACAUUCGUACACAAAUCAUCAGCAAAAAAAUUAACACCAAAUUUUUCCAGGAAGAAAAUACAGAGAAAUUAAAGUUGAAAUACUAUAACUUAAUGAUUCAACUGGAUCAACAUGAAGGAUCUUAUUUGUCUAUUUGUAAGCACUACAGAGCAAUCUAUGAUACACCCUGUAUACAGGCAGAAAGUGAAAAGUGGCAACAGGCCCUGAAAAGUGUUGUCCUUUAUGUUAUCUUGGCUCCUUUUGACAAUGAACAGUCAGACUUGGUUCACCGAAUAAGCGGUGACAAGAAGUUAGAAGAAAUCCCUAAAUACAAGGAUCUUUUAAAGCUUUUUACCACAAUGGAGUUGAUGCGCUGGUCCACACUUGUUGAAGACUAUGGAAUGGAAUUAAGAAAAGGUUCUUUGGAGAGUCCUGCAACUGACGUUUUUGGUUAUACAGAGGAAGGUGAAAAAAGGUGGAAAGACUUGAAAAACAGAGUUGUUGAACAUAAUAUUAGAAUAAUGGCCAAGUAUUACACACGGAUAACAAUGAAGAGGAUGGCGCAGCUUCUGGAUCUGUCUGUUGAUGAGUCAGAGGCUUUUCUCUCAAAUCUAGUAGUCAACAAGACCAUCUUUGCUAAAGUAGACAGGUUGGCAGGAAUUAUCAACUUCCAGAGACCCAAGGAUCCAAAUAAUUUAUUAAAUGACUGGUCUCAGAAACUGAACUCAUUGAUGUCUCUAGUUAACAAAACCACACACCUCAUAGCCAAAGAGGAGAUGAUACAUAAUCUACAAUAAGGGUCUCCAUGCCCUUAGUGCUUUUAGAAAAGAGUUAAAAUUGGAAGUCAUUAAAAAAGAAAAAGACUUUUAUGGUGUA